GGAGUUCGAUCGAAACCCAGGUUAAGAACCACUGGCGUAGAGAAUGUGUGCAGUGUAUUUAUUUGAAUUCAUUUAUUUGAGUAUUUCCCAAAUAUGUCCUCUCAUUUGAACCAAAUAUUGUUCUUGAAUAUGUUUGCUGCAAGCCGGUGUUAUUCAGAUUUGGGCUGAGAUGAAAGAAAUGCUGUUAUGUGCUAUUAUCCAUUUAUCCUUUCCUCUGUGAGCAGUGUCUCCAGUACCGCUGAGUUUCAGUCUCUUAUUUAUUUUCAAACACAGUGGGGAUUACAUGCUGAGAUAAGUAUAGAUCAUCAUCAUACUGCUCUCUAAUACCCUCUUUAUAUCUACCUACUGCGAAACAACUAUACACACACACACACACACACACACACAUACAAAACACACACACACGCACGUUAUUUCACAUCAUAAGCACUGCAGUCUCCAGAUAGCAAAACAUGAGGAAGGAGAAGGGACGAGAAAAAAAACAGAAGGGGUGUUUCGAGAUGCAACGCUCUCUCUGCUGCGCAGCUCAUCCAAACACACCAGUGAUGCUGCUCAGUGUGUGUCCCCUGCCUCACCAGCCCACGUGGUACGCUCCGCACGCCUGUCAGAGAUAUUUAAAUGAGCAGGGCAGCGAGUGACGGGGGAGGCUUGUGCACAGACAGCUGGCUAGGAGAGGAAGCUGAGGGGGUCAGAGAAGACAACAUCCAACAUCCAUCCAAGUGCAUGGGAAGACAACAUCCAACAUCUUUAGCCUCCUGCACAAAAAGAAAGAGUUAUUGAAGGGAAGCGCGUGUGUUUGAGUGUGAGGGCUAGUGUGUGUUUAUGUGUGAGUGUGAGUGCAUGCGUGAGAGCGGGUAGAGGCUCCUCUCUGACUGGACAGAGCUGCAGCCGCAGCCAGCCCUGGGCUCGUUGGGCUAUGGCUCCAUGAUCCCUCCGCACGCGCACAGCGUCCCGUCCAGCCAGCUGCCAGGCCACACAGCAGCGGCGGCACUAGAGAAGAGAGAUCUCCGUGCUGGGCGCCACCUUCUCACUUCACAGCACUCAUUGCCUGGAAACCCUUUGGCCCUCAAGCACUGCCCAAUCGACCUGCGUACCUCAAUGGACGGCAAGUACAAAGAAAUUGCAGAGGAGCUGUUCUCCCGCAGCCUGGCGGACAAUGAGAUGCGCAGCGCUCCCUAUGAGUACCCUGAGGACAGCCCCAUCGAGAAGCUAGAGGAGCGGCGCCAGCGACUAGAGAGACAGAUCAGCCAGGAUGUCAAGCAUGAGCCUGAUAUCCUACUGCGAGCCAAGCAGGAGUUCAUGAAAACAGACAGUGCAACAGACCUUGAAUUUCUGAAAGAGCAAAACCAAGCACCCAUGGGCGCCUUUAUCGGUGAGAGAGAGACGCCUCCAGAGAGAGAGUACCAAAGAGUUACGAUCACUGGAGAGGAGCAGUGUGGGGUUCCCUUCACGGACUUACUGGAUGCUGCCAAGUGUGUGGUGAAAGCCCUGUUUAUCCGGGAGAAGUACAUCUCGCUGUCCAUGCAGACUUUCUGCAGGACCACUUCUCGCUACCUGCAGGAGCUGGCCGAGAGGCCCCUGGACCUGCAGAUCUACGAGGAGACCUCACUCACGUCAGAUGCCUCUGUGCACCCACCUGUGUCCGAGACCCAUCCCUAUGAGAACGUCGACCCAACCAGCAUGCCCUCGGACAUGGGCUACGGCUGCAAGGCAGUGGACGGGAUCAUGCAUGUGUACACAACGAAGACCACUAUGGACAUGAGCACAGAGCUAGACCUGCCCUAUCCAGACCUGCAGGAAUACAUUGCUGAUAUGAACGUUAUGAUGGCCCUCAUUAUCAAUGGACCAGUGAAGUCCUUCUGUUACCGCCGCCUCCAGUACUUAAGCUCUAAGUUUCAGAUGCACAUCUUGCUCAACGAGAUGAAGGAGCUGGCGGCUCAGAAGAAGGUUCCUCAUCGAGACUUCUACAACAUCCGUAAGGUGGACACACAUAUCCACGCGUCGUCAUGCAUGAAUCAGAAGCACCUGCUGCGCUUCAUCAAGAGGGCCAUGAAGAAGUACCCGAGGGAUAUUGUGCACGUGGAGAGGGGCAGGGGACAGACGCUCAUGGAGGUGUUUGAGAGCAUGAACCUCACAGCCUUCGACCUGAGCGUGGACACACUGGACAUGCAUGCUGAUCGCAACACUUUCCAUCGCUUUGACAAGUUUAAUGCCAAAUACAAUCCCAUUGGGGAGUCCAUCCUGCGGGAGAUCUUCAUCAAAACUGAUAACCACAUUGAGGGGAAAUAUUUUGCACAUAUCAUCAAGGAAGUGAUGGCAGACCUGGAGGAGAGCAAGUAUCAGAAUGUAGAGCUGCGCCUGUCUAUUUAUGGCCGCUCCAGGGACGAGUGGGACAGUUUGGCCAAGUGGGCGGUCAAACAUGGCGUCUAUUCAGACAACGUGCGCUGGCUGAUCCAGGUGCCUCGCCUCUUUGAUGUAUACCAUACCAAGAAACAACUGUCCAACUUUCAGGAGAUGUUGGAGAACAUCUUCAUGCCUCUGUUUGAGGCCACUAUCAACCCAGGCAGCCACCCAGAGCUACAUCUUUUCCUACAGCAUAUGAUGGGCUUUGAUAGUGUCGAUGAUGAGUCAAAACCAGAACACCACAUCUUUAACUUGGACAGUCCACUUCCUGUCAACUGGACAGAAGAGCACAACCCUCCUUACGCGUACUACCUGUACUACAUGUAUGCCAACAUGACUGUGCUCAACCACCUACGCAGGAGACGGAACUUCAACACAUUUGUGCUUCGUCCUCACUGUGGGGAGGCGGGCCCAAUCCAUCACCUUGUCUCUGGCUUCAUGCUGUCUGAGAACAUCUCCCACGGCCUCCUGUUGAGAAAGGCUCCGGUGUUGCAGUACCUGUACUACCUGGCCCAGAUCGGCAUCGCCAUGUCCCCCCUCAGUAAUAACAGCCUCUUCCUCAGUUACCACCGCAACCCUCUGCCGGAGUACCUGUCCCGAGGCCUCGUGGUGUCCUUAUCCACUGAUGACCCCCUCCAGUUCCACUUCACAAAGGAGCCGCUGAUGGAGGAGUACAGCAUCGCUGCGCAGGUGUGGAAGCUGAGCUCCUGUGACAUGUGUGAGCUGGCCAGGAACAGUGUGCUGAUGAGUGGAUUCACCCACCAGGUCAAGAGUUACUGGCUGGGGCCAGACUACUACAAGGAAGGGCAGGAGGGCAACGACAUCCGUCGCACCAACGUACCCGACAUCCGCGUGGCCUACCGCCACGAGACCAUGUGCGAGGAGCUCAACCUCAUCACCCAGGCCAUACACACUGAGGAGCUUGAGACCAUUGAGGAGGAAGGAACCAUUUGCAUGGGCCCCGCGCCAGUGGGCCAGUAAAGAUGUGUAUUCAGUGAACAUGCAUUCUCUCAAUGGCUAAAGAACAGGAAAUAAGGGCCAGUGCUCCACUAUGUGUCACCUGCAAGGGACCUCAUGUGAAUUUGUUAUUGUAGUACAUCAUGAAGUAUGUGAGUUCCUCAACUCACCCGUUGAAUGUCUCACCCAAAAAAUGAUUCCUCUGUACCUAAUUUUCUACUUUUUGUUUUCCAUCCUUGACUUUUUUUUAUGUCGUACUCCGUUUGUAAUGUUGUCGUGAUGGUAUUUUUGGACUUACUUAUUAUCAAAGUAAAUCUCUUCCUGAAAGACCUUUCUUGUUGCCAGGAGUUUUCCUGUCGGGUUUUGACUAAAUGUGGGUGUUAUUUAUUUAUGUAUUUAUUUACUGAGAACAGCAUACUAAGUGAAUCCGUGUGUAUUGUAUUUGAGCCUGUUUCGGAAUGUGAGGGCAGCGAAGAGUUGGUUAGUGAACAAGCUCAACACCACAACGUUUUGAACUGAUAUUAAAAUAUAUUUUCUUGCAAAGAAACUGUCGAAAGGAGCAUAUUGAAGGCAAUAAAGAUA